AUGCAGCCACCGCCCCGAAAAGUGAAGCCGGCCCAGGAGGUGAAGCUUCGCUUCCUGGAGCAGCUAAGCAUCCUUCAGACUCGGCAGCAGAGGGAGGCGGAGCUGCUGGAAGACAUCAGAUCCUACAGUAAGCAGAGAGCAGCCAUUGAACGUGAAUAUGGGCAGGCACUCCAGAAACUCGCUGGGCCAUUCCUGAAGAGAGAGGGACACCGGAGUGGGGAGAUGGACAGCAGGGGCAGGUCAGUGUUUGGUGCCUGGCGCUGCCUACUAGAUGCCACCGUGGCUGGGGGCCAAGCUCGGCUUCAGGCUUCUGAUCGAUACCGUGACCUGGCAGGGGGCACAGGGCGGAGUGCCAAGGAGCAGGUGCUGAGGAAGGGAGCGGAGAACCUCCAGAGAGCACAGGCUGAGGUGCUGCAGUCUGUCCGGGAGCUGAGCCGAAGUCGGAAGCUGUAUGGGCAGAGAGAACGCGUGUGGGCCUUGGCUCAGGAGAAGGCAGCUGAUGUCCAGGCCAGGUUGAACCGAAGUGACCAUGGGAUCUUCCACACUCGGACCAGUCUCCAGAAACUCAGCACCAAGCUGUCUGCCCAGUCUGCUCAUUACUCCCAUCAGCUGAGAAUGGCCCGAAAUGAGUACCUGCUCAACCUGGUGGCCACCAACGCCCACCUUGACCACUACUACCAGGAGGAACUGCCAGCCCUUCUCAAGAUCUUGACCAGUGAGCUGUUGGAACACUUGAGGGAGCCCCUGACCUUACUUAGCCGAACUGAACUGGAAGCUGCAGAGAUGGCCUUGGAUCAUGCCCGUCGAGGGGGACAGGCAACCUCCCAGGUAAGCUGGGAGCAGGAUCUGAAGUUCUUUCUUCAGGAGCCUGGAGUAUUUUCCCCCACCCCACCCCAGCAGUUCCAGCCAGCAGGUACUGAUCAGGUGUGUGCUCUUGAGCUGGAGGGAGGAGCAGGUGACAUGGCUGGAGACAGCAGUCUGGAGAAAGAGAUCCAGCGCUGGACGAGUCGUGCUGCCCGUGAUUACAAGAUACAGAGCCAUGGGCAGUGGGUGCUACAGAGGCUGGAGCAGAGGCGGCAGCAGGCUCCAGAGCGGGAGGCUCCAAGCAUAGAACAGCGGCUACAGGAAGUGAGGGAGAGCAUCCGGAGGGCACAGGUAAGCCAGGUGAAGGGGGCUGCUCGGCUGGCUCUGCUGCAGGGGGCUGGCCUGGAUGUCCAGUGCUGGCUGAAGCCAGCCAUGACCCAGGCCCAGGACGAAGUGGAGCAGGAGCGACGGCUCAGUGAGGCCCGCCUGUCCCAGAGGGACCUCUCCCCCAUGGCUGAAGAUGCUGAACUCUCUGACUUUGAUGAAUGUGAGGAGGCAGGAGAGCUCUUUGAAGAGCCUGCCCCCCAAACCCUGACCACCAGACCCCUCCCAUGCUCUGCACAUGUGGUGUUUGGCUAUCAGGCUGGGCAUGAAGAUGAGUUGACUAUCAAAGAAGGCGAGUGGCUAGAGGUCAUAGAGGAGGGAGAUGCUGAAGAAUGGGUCAAGGCUCGGAACCAGCAUGGGGAAGUAGGAUUUGUCCCUGAACGGUAUCUCAACUUCCCUGAUUUCUCCGUCCCUGAGAGGGGUCAUGAUAGCAAUAACCCCACGGGAACAGAGCCCACAGCCUUCCUGGCCCGUGCCCUGUACAGCUACACAGGACAGAGUGCAGAGGAGCUGAGCUUCCCUGAGGGGGCGCUCAUUCGCUUGCUGCCCCGGGCCCAGGAUGGAGUGGAUGAUGGCUUCUGGAGGGGAGAAUUUGGGGGACAUGUUGGAGUCUUUCCCUCCCUGUUGGUAGAGGAACUACUUGGCCCCCCAGGACCUCCUGAGCUCUCAGACCCUGAACAGACGCUGCCAUCUCCUUCGCCUCCGAGCUUCUCCCCGCCUGCACCCACAUCUGCCUUGGAUGGGCCCCCUAUACCUGUUCUUCCUGAGGACCAGAUCCCUGACUGUGCUGGGUCCCUAGAUCUGAUGGUGCCUCGAAUCAGACCGAUGCGUCCGCCACCUCCUCCGCCAGCUAAAGCCCCGGAUCCUGGCCACCCUGAGCCCCUCACGUGA